CGUAAAGAUCCCAUAUCGCUACACCAAACAAUUUCCCACGACGCCUCGCGCCCACGCUCGUUAAUCGCCCAAGAUGCCCUCCCCCAUUGUCAAUGCCACGCUCCAGGCGGCCGCUCUGUCCACGGCCUCCAAUCUGUUCGCCCAGGUCCUCCUCGCGCGCCAGGAAAAGCGCGCUUUGACGCUGGAUCUUCCCCAGCUGCUGCGCUUCGUGGCCCUCACACUCCUGACGUCUCCUCCCAACUACCGUUGGCAACAGUUCCUGGAGCGUACUUUUCCUGCUUAUCCUAUUCCUCGCCGCAAUGAGCGUCUUGAAGAUAUUGAGAUGACGCCUCACGACGAUGAUGCGCCUGAGGGGAAAGAGGGCUUCCCCUCACGCCCGGGGACACCGGAGCCCAAGUUCAGCCUCAAGAACACACUGACCAAGUGGUUUGUCGACUGCAUUUCUGCUGGAGCAAUCAUGAAUACUGUGGCAUUCCUACUUAUCAUGGGCGUCUUCAAGGGCCAGUCCGGCUCUCAGAUUUGGAGCAAUAUCAUGACGGAAACUAUCCCUAUUAUCGUGGCUGGAUACAAGGUCUGGCCGAUUGCCUCCAUCAUCAGCUUCACCUUUGUACCUGUCCACCGACGGAUUGUGUUUUUGAGCCUCAUCGGGUUUGUCUGGGGUAUUUACAUGAGUAUUGUUGCUGAAAGGGUGUAAUGAGUGCAAUGUCUAAAGAACUGGUGAAAUUAAUGCUACCACGGGACACAAUGGAUAUGCCCAAGGAUGCAAGUAGUCGAUAAUAGAUCAGUC